AGCGUUAAAUAGGAUAUAUGUGUUCGCACACUGAAAGUUUAGACCUUUUAAUUUAGUUUAAUGUGAGUUAGGAUACGCAAGCGUGUGCGUACGUGGAGCUUCGUGAGGUGUGUAGAUCAUGUUACCUAAAAAACUAAUUUGAGCCAUCUUUUUCGUCAGACAAUGUACCCGAAAUGAUUCUUUCCCAUUUCACGUCCUCAUCACCAUGUCUUCUUGAGCACAUUCUUCUUCGCCAGGACGAGAGGGCAGUAUCGUCUGGUCGGAUCCAUCGUACGCUAGCUCCUCAGAGGAAGAAAACACUACACUGCCUAUAAAUUCCGCGAGCUGCAACUGCACUUGUUGUCCCAAGAGAAACGCAGGCAGCUGUGUGCCUGAGUGGAGCUGAGCAUGGGGUCUUUGCUUGGCGAUGGCUUGCCGGUGGCUGUCAUGCUUUGCCUCAACAUCGUGGCGGCCAUCAUGGUGUCUCUCGUCAAGGUGGCCAUGGACGGCGGCAUGAACCCGCUUGUGCUCGUCACCCUGCAGCAGCUCACGGCGUCUGCCUUCCUCGCGCCGAUCGCCUACUUCAAAGAGAGGAAAUCGAGGCCAAAGCUGACGCUGGAGAUCUUCGGCUACAUCUUCGUCAGUGCCGCACUCGGGUCAGCUCUGAGGCAGUACAUGAUCUUCGUCGGCCUGCAGUACACCACGGCCACCUUCGUUACAGCUUUCUCCAACAUCGCCCCAGUCCUCACCUUCCUCCUCGCCGUCGCAACACGUUCAGAGGCACUGAACCUCAAGAGCAAGAUGGGCAUGGCGAAGCUGGUGGGCACGCUGGUCUCCCUGGGCGGCGCCAUGGUGCUUACCUUCUACAAGGGCGUCGCCCUCACCCACGCCGCGCCGCCUCAGCACCUCCAUUCCCGGCAGCAUGGGGGAGCUGCAGACUCGAUGAGCCGCGGGAAGUGGACGCUGGGCACGGUGGCGAUCCUGGGGAACUGCGUGUGCCUCUCCUGCUGGUUCCUGUUCCACGGCAGGCUUGCCAGGAAGUACCCGCACGUGUACUCGUGCAACGCGCUCAUGUCCGCGCUCAGCUUCCUCCAGGUCGCCGUCGUCGGCCUCUGCACCCAGAGGAGAAUCUCCCCGUGGAUCGUCAAGAGCAAGUUCCAGAUCCUCACCGUCCUAUACGCUGGCAUCUUGGGAUGCGGCGUGUCGUUCGUGCUGUUGACAUGGUGCAUCGAGAAGCGUGGCCCCGUGUUCGUCGCCGCCUUCAUACCGAUUGUGCAGAUCAUCGUCUCGGUCAUCGACUUCUGCAUCCUUCACGAACAGCUCUACCUUGGAAGUGUGCUGGGAUCUGUUCUUGUGAUUGGUGGUCUGUAUCUUCUGCUCUGGGGCAAGAGGCAGGAGGCCUUGAACUGCCCACCAAAAGCUGCUCAAAAUGAUGAUAAAGAGCAGCAGCAGCAGCAGGAGGAGCAGCAAGUGCACAACUGAAGGGUGAAGACAGCAUCCUCUGACAGUUCGGUUGUAACAGCUGCAGCAAUAAGCUCUCCAUCUUUUUUUGGUGUAUCAGGGAGCAAUCUUCUUGUAAAAUCAGUCUGGUGCCAAGAAAGUGUUUAGAUCCAAAUCCAAACAGUAGAGCUAUCGUAAAUCAAAAUCAAUAGCAACAUUAGGAACGAAUUGCUAGCAGCCUGUUGCAGUCCUUUGAAGAAAUACAUAAUAAUAUGCGCAAUAUUGGGGAACA